CCUUGAUCCUUGUAUAAAAUAUUUAAAUCUUAAAACAGUUCUACAUAAAUAAAAAAAACUAAAAAUUAGUAUUGACUCAAUUUACAUUAAAAUUUUGUGGGCCAUUAUUGCUAGGGUGGCCAAACACUUAAACAUGUCUUUGCUAGUAAAUCAUUCUAUAGAUUAUAUAGCCACGAUUGAUAUUGAUCGUCACAUUACGAUUAAAGUUUUAAUAUUUAAUUACUGAUAUUUCAAAUAUAUUUAUCAAUAAUUUUUCGAAGUAUAAAAUAUUUACACCAGUUUACACCAAAUAAACAAAUGUUUCUGAAAACAAAACUCUAUGAUGGUGUUUACCGCUUUCGAUAAUGAUAAUAUAUAUCUUCAGAAACAUAAACACAGAGCCGCCUAAUCCCUACUUAGGAAUUUUGGGGCCCGCAAAAAUUUUUUGGUGAAACCCCUCAACUUAAAUUAUAAUUUUACUAUUUUUUUUUUGCUAUACCUACGUAUUUUUAUAUUUUAUUUAUUUUUAAGAUUAUAAAUAAAUUAUAUCAAAAGUCUAUAAGUAAUUAUUUAAUGUUGAUUAGUAUAAACAAAACGUAUUUGACAGCAUUACAGAUAUAUUUGGGAGCCAUAAACAGACCGCUGGGGCUGCUGCCCCCCUAGCCCCCUCCAAAGUAGGGCUCUGCUCAAACAUUGUGUCUUCAGUAUUUGUAUUAUGCCGUGGAAUUGAAUCCAUUUUGUCUCCUAUAUGUGUCGGGAAACAGAGUGUUGCUGUUUUGUCGGACUAUUGAAAGUAUAUUGGAUAAGACACGGCAAAACUAAAUAUAUAUAUAUUAUACUGUUGUUCAACAAUGUCGACGUUUUGUGCUGAUGGUCUUAUUCCAGCGAGAUUUUUAUGUCUCGUUGCUCACUUUAUAAUGCUCGUCAUGGCUUUAAACCAUAGGGAGCAAAACGUAAAAGCCUGUCUACCAUACGAUUAUGACAACGACCUUUACAUGGAACAAGAAAAAAGGUUGAUGAUUGGUUACACACUUUCAAUUGGGUUCAUUGGUAUCGAAAUGUUUGGAUUUAUGAGUGGUAUAACAAUGUUUUCUCCUACCAACGGUUUUAUAUCUAUGAUUUGCCAUGGAGUGGCUACCAUGAUGAUGUUUUAUUUCCUUCAAGAUUUGUGGAGUUGCGAAAUGUUUUGGUCCGUGUUUUUUUUAUGCAGCAUAUUGCCGUGUUCAAUCGAACUAAUUAUGAUAAGCUACUCCUUUAUAAUGAAAAAAUGAUGACGUUUUUAUGAAAAAUUAAUUUAAGUUAUUAAUAUGUACACUUUUAUAUGGAACGUUUUAAUUAUAAUAUGACUUAUUUUAAAUUGUUUUUACUAUAGAAAUUAUAUGUAUGCUAUUAAUAAUAUUUUAAUAUUGUAUGUGUAGUGUAUCUUUCGUAUUUAAUUAUUAAUAUAUGAUAUUAAUCAUUUAGUAUAUUAUAAUGAUUGAUGACAAACCAAAGUCAAAAUUUGUAUUAUAUGCAUUAUAUUUUAUAUUAGAUACAACUUUGAGGAUUCAAAACCUUAAAAAUAUAUUGUUAAAAUAAAUUAUAAAUUAUUUAAAUUCAGAUUAAUAAACUUAAUAUCAUUAUAAUAGUUAUUUUUUACUUGUUAACGCAUGGUCAGACAAAUGAUUUAUUGAGUUAUUAAAUAGCGCACAGCAUUUUUACUUGGCUAUUAAGUUGGCCAUUAAGAAAUAUUGAAAUAAUCCAAAGAGUAUUUCAUAUUUGUACGCAUUUAAAUUAUGAUUUGUUUCUUAUACAA